AGCAGUGACAGCGGCGGCGGCGGGAGCGGGAGCGGGAGCGGCAGUGGCCGGGCAUGUCGGUGUCGGUGUCGGUGUCGGAGCAGGAGGCGCGGCGGGCGCGGGCGCGGGAGAAGGAGGAUGAGGACGAGAAGGAGGAGGAGGAGGAGAGCGAGGACGAGGACGAGAGCGAGGUGCUGGAGGAGAGCCCGUGCGGCCGCUGGCAGAAGCGCCGCGACCAGGUGAACCAGGGGAACAUCCCCGGCAUCCAGAGCACCUUCCUGGCCAUGGACACGGAGGAGGGCGUGGAGGUGGUGUGGAACGAGCUGCUGUUCUGCGACAAGAAGGCGUUCAAGGCCCACGAGGAGAAGAUCAAGACCAUGUUCGAGCAGCUGGUGCUCGUCGACCACCCCAACAUCGUGAAGCUGCACAAGUACUGGCUGGGCGCCAAGGACUCCAAGGCUCGGGUGAUCUUCAUCACGGAGUACGUGUCCUCGGGGAGCCUGAAGCAGUUCCUGAAGAAAACCAAGAAGAAUCAUAAGGCCAUGAACGCCCGGGCCUGGAAGCGCUGGUGCACCCAGAUGCUCUCAGCUCUCAGCUUCCUGCAUGCCUGCGACCCACCCAUCAUCCACGGCAACCUGACCAGUGACACCAUCUUCAUCCAGCACAACGGGCUCAUCAAGAUCGGGUCAGUCUGGCAACGGGUGUUUGUGAAUGCCCUCCCCGACCACCUCCGCAGCCCCAUCCGCACCGAGAGAGAGGAGCAGCGCAACAUGCACUUCUUCCCCCCGGAGUAUGGCCGAGAGGCUGACGGGACGGCUGUGGACAUUUUCUCCUUCGGGAUGUGUGCCCUGGAGGUAGGGAGCAAGAGGACCCUACUGCAGACCAAGAUGGCCGUGCUGGAGAUCCAGAGCAACGGGGAUGCCCGGGUCUCGGAGGAGGCGAUCACUCGGGCCAGGCACUCCCUGGACGAUCCCAACAUGCGGGAGUUCAUCCUGGCGUGCCUGACCUUCAACCCGGACAAGCGGCCGACGGCCCACAACCUGCUCUUCCACCGGGUGCUCUUCGAGGUCCAUUCCCUCAAGCUGCUGGCCGCACACUGCUUCAUCAACAACCAGUACCUGAUGCCGGAGAACGUGGUGGAGGAGAAGACAAAGGAGCUGGAUCUGAACAUGGUGAUGGCGGAGAUCCGACGCGAGGGGCAGCCCUCGGUGCAGUGGAGGUACUCGGAGGUCUCCUUCCUGGAGCUCGACAAGUUCCUGGAGGACGUCAGGAACGGGAUCUAUCCCCUGAUGAACUUCGCUGUGACAAGACCCCUGGCGCUCCCGCGGGCACUGUCCCAACCCCAGGAGGACCCCCAGAAAACCAAGACUCCUACCCCCGAGCCCUUCGAUGUGGAGACGAGGAAGGUGGUGCAGAUGCAGUGCAACAUGGAGCUGAACGAAGACAAGAGUCAGUGGCAUCUCACGCUCCUGCUGGUCCUGGAAGACAAGCUGCACCGGCAUCUGAGCUACGACCUGCUGCCAACUGACAAUUCCAAGGAUUUGGCCAUGGAGCUGGUGCACUACGGGUUCAUCCAUGAGGAUGACUGCGAGAAGCUGGCCAACUUCCUGGAGAGCACGUUCCACAAGUACUGGUCUGCUCCCUUCCUGCACGAGGGAUACAUCCUGCCCUGGUUCGGAAAGACAACGGCAAGAGGAGGAAAGAUCAGCGAACAGGAGGGAUGACACCAGUAUCACUGCAACUAGGAAUGGGCACGACUGCACCCUCCAGUCCCCACCCAAUGCAAGUGAGGGAGAGUGGGUGGAGGAGUAUGUGUGGCACCUGCAGCUGGGGCAUGGAAGAUGUCCCCCUCCUGUCCCUCCCCGCGGCACGUGGGCCAUUGGCCUGCAACGGGGGGAGCUGAACUGUGGGCUGGUCAGGUUAAAAAAAUGCAGAUAGGUAUGAGGUGUGCAUCCACCGCAGUGCCGCCCUGCCCUGCCCUGCCACGUCCCUCUGCCUGGCUGUGCCCCGCUGCCCUCUCUGCUAUGCCGCCAACUUCCUGUGCUGCACCGGCUGCCUGUGUGCUGUCAGCUUCCCAUGUUGCCGUGGCCGCGUUGCACUGUGCCACCGACUCCCCGUGCUGCGCCGGCUGCCUGCAUGCUGCCAGCUUCCCUCACUGCUGCGGGAAGCUGCAUCCUGCAUCCUCUCACUGCAUCCUGCUGUGCUGGCUUGCCAUCCAAGCUGCUUUGCUGAGCUGUUCUGGCCGGGUCUGGCCAGCCGUGUUGCAUGUGCAGACUUGCAACCACUGCCAAAUCCAUAGGUCUAUGGAAAGAGCGCACCUGACCACGAUACACCAAGUGACGUGUGGUGUCUGUGGAUUAAGUACCAUCCAUCACCAUUACAUGGAGAAGCUGCGAUGUUGCUUCUCUUGGGCCCAGCUGGCUGGGCAGGAAAGACAGGUAAAAGGGGGAAGAGGAGGGGCUGGGCGGAGAAAUGUGCUCCAGCUGUUUGGUCCUGGUGGUCUUCUGACUUGUGCCAUGGCAAGCCUGCGCUUGACUCUGCAAGCUGACAGCUUCCUUUGUGUCGCAGCUGCUUCCUUUCCCUGAUGGCUUACGCUCAGCUUUCUCAGCUCCAUCCCCUGGCUGACAUGUAUCACCAACAAGUUCCAGCUUCAUUUCUCCUGUACUGUAUAGUGACAAAUCCAUUAGCUAACCUCUUCACUAUGCUGGAAGCACGGGAUGGGCCAGACAGGCACAGGGGACAGCCUGAGGUUCAGGAAUGAAGCACCACUGCAUGAAAGCUUUCUGGCUGGCCACAGCAGACUGUCAGCUCAGCCUCGAGGCUUAGGGAUUUCCUCAACUCUUCCCCCUAAAAUUAUUUUUUCAUGGGAAAGUUCUCACUAAAAACCCAGUGCCAAAGAACCCCAAAUGUGUCAUGAAGUGAAACACAGACUGCAGUGUGCUUCAGCGCUGCGAGCUGACAGAUUGUUCUGUACGCACAGAAAGGAGAGCUGCAGAGCACAACACAGCGACUGGCCUAGGAACCGAAGGCUUGUCACGCUGAGCCUGCGCUGUAAGGCACAAAUGGGCUUUGUGACGUAUUUGCUUUCUCCAUGCCCAGCUAGUACAAAACCAAGCCCUGAGCCUACCCAGUGUGCCCAGCACACACACGAAGUUAGUAGUGAGCUCACUGGUUGAUUAAAAACCAGUGCAAUUCAGAAUGCCGCGACUCGACUGCCGCAGUUUCUAACUCCUUGAUUCAAUAAACAGCGACACAGCCUCUUCUGCAAAGGCAGACUGGAGGCAGAGAUCUGAACCUUUAACUAUUACAACAUAUGGUUUAGCCUCUUCUUAAUGAUCAACCUUCAUUUGAUCAACCUAUGCCAUGGUGUUUACUUUGGGAGGCAGCAGGGAGGGCAGGUAAUGGAAAGUUCCACAAAGGCCUCUGAGGCUUGUUUUCAGGUUUGCCCCAUUGUUGUUUCACUUGUUAAUUAGAUCAAACCAGGUUUCCACAGAGGCCAUCCCAUUUCCUCUGCAGCUUGCAGCCUGCCACGUCCCUCUGAAGCCUCUUUCAAUUGCUUUGGUAAGGCAGGUGCCACUGUUGAAUCGCUCGUGUAAGGUGUGUGCGAGUUAUCAGGAACUUUAUGGCCAGAGGCACCUUUAUAGUCAUCUGGUCUGGUCACGGACCUGCCUCCUGCCCACCGCUUGCAGUGAAGCUGUAGCAAAACUUUUCAAAAGACACAUCUUGAUGUAAAGACUCUAGGUAAAAGGUCAGUUGCAUCGCUAGGUAAGUUGUUCCAGUGGUCAGUUACCUUCACUCUAAAAAUAUCAAGUGCCUUAUUUCCUCUUGAAUUUAUCUAGCUUCAACUCCCAACCACCGGAUCUUAUUAUGCCUUUGUCUGCCAAAUUAAAGAGCCAUCUGAAAUCUCCCCACUGUACAGGCAUCUAUGCACCAAUUAAGUCACUUCUCUGUCUUCUCUUUUUAGACUUAAACUUAUUAAAUCUUUUGCUGUCAGGCCAGGUUUCCAGACACUGAAUCAUUUGCGUGGCUCUUAUCUGAAUUCUUUCCAGCAUCCUUUUUGUCAAGAUCAUUUCUGAAGUGUGGACGCUGGGGUGAGAUGUCAUAUCCCUGCAGCACUGGAACAACAACGCUUCAUACUGAUGAAUCACCCCCUUCCUUCUCCUUGAUAUGCCCCAGCUUAUACAUCGAAGAUCUUGUCCCCUGCAUCGCUGCAUCAUACUGGGGUUCUUGUUCUGCUGGUUUCCUAAUGUGGUGCUAGGACCUCUGCAGUGACAGUGAAUCCCAGGACACAGUCCCACAUCCUCUAGGUGUGACCCAGAGAUCUGAUGCUGCAUUUUCCUGUGUUUAAAAUUCCUGUUCAAGGAAGUUCACCUGUUCUCGCAUCAAGAGCAUCCGGGAAAACUAGGGCGACACGUUGGGGUGUCGGGGAUCUGUUCCACUGCACAAAUGCCGGGCUGCCAUAUGGUCCCACAGAGAGCGCAGCUAGUUGUAAAUCGGAACAGCUCUGGCUCCUCUACCUUGUUUCAGGGCAGGAACCAUUUCAGGUGGAGAAGCAGGAAGCCAGCUGUCUGAGCAUCCUUGAUUCUCUUGCGCCAAGUGACUGGUGGAGAAUAGAGCCUGGCCCCAUGUUUUUAGCAUUAACAAGCUUACAGCUUUCUUACCAAGCCUUUGCCUUAGGGCUGCUCUUCCUGGUUCAUCAGGAUUGAUCCUUGCCAUUUCUGGAUGUCUAGGAGACUCCUCCUGGAUGAAGCUGAUGCUGAAGAGCUGCCAGGAGGCCUGGAAGAGGCACCUUGGGGCACAUGUGUACUGCCCCUGUAGCGAUACUGAGACCCCUGCCAAGAAGCAAGCCCUGUUGCGUGCUGAAAAACAUGUACUUGCUUUUUGGCAGGUGCCCAAAGAGCUGUACUGCUGCAAGUGGAGCCUUGGGAAUGGGCUGCGCAGCCCUGAAUCGCUCUAAUGGGGAGCGCGACACACGUGUGAGCGUGCAGUGCACGUGGACAGGGCCGAGUAAAGGGAGCUUGGCAUCACUGCGGAGAUGCUACAGACAUAACCUAAGGGCAAUGGCGUGAAAGCAUUUCCUUUCUUGGAUCAGACUCCCCGAUUUUCUGUCCUUCCAGUCUGACACUCAACUGCAUCUGGAAGAAAGCUGAGAGAAACUAUUUUCUUUAUUUUUUUUUGAGGUAAUCACAAAUCCUUCCUCUCUUGUUGUCUAAUGAUGCUAAAAGAUGUUUACAUUUUGUUAUAGAGGAAAAUACCUUUGGAUAUUAUCGAAGUUCAUGUAGCUCUUGGUUUCCUACUUGAUUUUCAACUUCAGGCACAUUUUGUGUUACACAAAUUCAUCGUGAAGUUUGGUAAUCACUAACUACUAAUAAUUUACCUUAUUGAUCAGCAGCUUUUGCAUUAACUAGUUAGAUGACAAAUCCAUUCAUGGAAAACAAGAGCAUACAGCCAGAAUACCAAGAAACAAGAUGAGCUGUCCUGCUUUUGAUACAGAUGUGUUAUCGACUGUCCUGCCCGCUUUCCAGACUAUUUUAGAGCCUCACCACCACUGCUGUAAUUCUAUCUAUUUCCUUCUCUUUGAUCUCCAACAACAAUGGAUUCCAGCUGUGCCCUCCGCUGUCAUCACUGUCAGGAUCCUGGACGACCCUAUGAACUUUCCCGAUAGGCUUCACAAGAACUUGGAUAUGCUUGUCACUUCCCUUUUUAUUUUCUUAAAUUAACUAGUAUUUUUAUUCACAGCUUGCAAUUAGGAGUGAACUUCAAAACAUGUAAAACAUUAACUUCACUUGAUAAUUCAGAAACCUUGGAAGUACAAAAAAAUCUAAACAACUUAAAAAUGUAUAUUAUUGACUUUAGAAAAAAUCAUCAGUCUCCCUGAACACACUGCUCUGGUGCUCCACUCUGCACAAAGAUGGUUAUCCGUGCCAGUCUGAAGACAAGCAGAAGCCAGGGCAGGAUGGCAUCUUUGAGAUGAACAGGUUCAGAGAGGCAUGACCCCUUGUAGGCAGUGCCCUGCUUUGUCAGGUGCUACGCACUGUGUGCUGGCUUCCCACGUGGAGUACGGCCCCUGGACUCAGUCCUGCAGUUCCACGCCCGCUCUUUUAACUGGCCCUAGCAAUCUGAGACCGCGAUGUCCGGCAGCAGUGAGGUGUCUCCAGGACAAGGUACCUGUUGAGCAGCAGAAGGCUCGUGAGCACAAGGGCAGAUUUCAUGGAAGCUUGUCUGGGGGCAUAAUAAUGCCUGUCCCUCCCCCCCCGUAUUUGGGAUUAAGCGCAAAUCUGCCCAGCCUCACUUUCCUUCAGGAAAUUCUUCACAACCCACUGCAAAAAUCCAAGCUACUUCUCUUCCAAAUGAGGCAGAAAGAAUUAUUUCUAUUUAUAAUCACUUGGAAAAUACAUAAUUAGCACCUAUAGAAGUAAAAACCAUCUGUGUCUUCAAGCUGUGCUAUUCCCUUGCAAUCAUAAUAUUAUUGCAUGUUCUAGAUCCUACAUAUUUCUCUGUGAAGUCCCAAGGAAAUCAAAACCACCACACUUAUCCCGGUAGAGUUGUUUUAGAGGUGACUGCGGCAUGCGUGGUAGCUUUGUGCAGCGGGAAGUGCCGACUCUCACAGGCUCUCUGCAGGGUGUGGUGACAUUUUGUUCUGCAUCAAAUCACGGGCUCCAUCUAAGCAACUCAGAUGGAGACUGGGACCCUUUGCACCUCAUUCCCCAGAGUAAGUGCAGCUGACAGGGAUUGCUUCCCCCGCACUGCAGCCACCUGCAGCCUGCUGCGGUGUCCUGUGGACAUGCUGAAGCCAACACUGAGAGAUGAAGCUUAUCUUGGAGCAGAACAUGUAGCAAAGACCUCUGUGAAGAGUUCAAAGUGAAUUAUUUGCACUGCAGAGGAUACAGAUCCUGCCACCACUUUGUUCUCAGGGCUUUGAGUGGUGUGGACCCUUCUGUAGGAGAAAACCUCCAUCUAGGUUCAAACACUUGAGCCUAGCCCGCUCCAUAGCGCGAUGCCAUUCUCCUGCCCCCAGGCAUGCAUGCAGCUUCCCCCCUGGCUUUUGACAUGAAGUCUCUAGUUCUCCCUCACUUUUUUUUUCUGCUAAGCAUCAUAGUAGCAGUAAGGAGGGCAGGGCCACUGGACAGGACAGGGAGAGGAUAGGCAUGCAUGGUGGGCUCUGCACCCUCCAUGCACCGCGGCAUAGCUCAAGGUGCUGCAUUCCACGUGGGAGUGGGAGGGCUGGGGGUGAGAAACCCGAAACGACUGUCUGGAGGGUGGGCGUGAGGGCACAGGCUCCAGCACAGAUUGAAAGGGGUGACUCAAGGUCCUGUGGGGUCUGGGUGUGGGCGGUCCACACGUCACAUGAAAUGAUGUCUUGCUCGUCUCUAUAUUCUGUGAAUGUGUCAAUAAAGUAGUUGGUAUGAGAGAA